UUCUCAGAGUCGCCCCGGAAGUAAAAUCUCACUACUCACCAAGAGCUUGAAGGCGUAGCUCCAGGCUCGCCCUGCCCACAACUGCAAACGUCACCUCCGCCCUUUUUCUCUGCGACGUGGCCGGCUUCUUCUGCCCAGAGAGCAUGUCACUUCCGCCAAAUCUCUGACCUGCUGCUAGGAUCGCGACGGGAACUGGAACCCGAGGUCCCCGCGCGGUCCGGGCCUCGCGCCCUGAGGGGAAGAGCGGCCCGGCCCAGCCAUGACGGACGGGAUUCUAGGGAAGGCAGCCACAAUGGAGAUUCCCAUCCACGGAAAUGGCGAAGCUGGGCAGCUUCCUGAAGACGAUGGGCUGGAGCAGGACCUCCAGCAGGUGAUGGUGUCAGGACCCAACCUCAAUGAAACUAGCAUUGUGUCUGGUGGCUAUGGGGGCUCUGGUGACGGACUCAUCCCCACAGGGUCUGGCCGGCAUCCAUCUCACGGCACGUCACCCUCUGGCCCUGGUGAUGAGGUGGCCCGGGGCAUCGCUGGAGAAAAGUUUGACAUCGUCAAGAAAUGGGGCAUCAACACAUACAAGUGCACAAAGCAGCUGUUGUCAGAGAGAUUUGGCCGAGGCUCCCGGACUGUGGAUCUGGAGCUAGAGCUGCAGAUUGAGUUGCUGCGUGAGACGAAGCGCAAGUAUGAAAGUGUCCUGCAGCUGGGCCGGGCACUGACAGCCCACCUCUACAGCCUGUUGCAGACCCAGCAUGCACUAGGUGAUGCCUUUGCUGACCUCAGCCAGAAGUCCCCAGAGCUUCAGGAGGAAUUUGGCUAUAAUGCAGAGACACAAAAGCUGCUGUGCAAGAAUGGGGAGACGCUGCUAGGGGCUGUGAACUUCUUUGUCUCUAGCAUCAACACACUGGUCACCAAGACCAUGGAAGACACACUCAUGACUGUCAAACAGUAUGAGGCUGCCAGGCUGGAAUAUGAUGCCUACCGGACAGACUUAGAAGAGCUGAGCCUAGGGCCCCGGGAUGCAGGGACUCGUGGUCGACUUGAGAGUGCCCAGGCCACUUUCCAGACCCAUCGGGACAAAUAUGAGAAGCUGCGGGGAGAUGUGGCCAUCAAGCUGAAGUUCCUGGAAGAAAACAAGAUCAAGGUGAUGCACAAGCAGCUGCUGCUCUUCCACAAUGCCGUGUCUGCCUACUUCGCUGGGAACCAGAAACAGCUGGAGCAGACUCUUCAGCAGUUCAACAUCAAGCUGCGGCCUCCAGGAGCCGAGAAGCCUUCCUGGUUAGAGGAGCAGUGAGCGGCUCCCAGCCCAACUUGGCAAUCAAGAAGGACACUGGGCGGGGCAGCCCCAGGGUGGAGGAGAUUGGACAUGGGAUGUCCUUUGCCACUUACUUGCUGGCUUGGGCUCCUCUUUUCUGACUGGGGUCUGACACCAGUUUUGCCCAUCCUGCUGUGGUCUGAAGAGGGCCCGGAGGCCCAGAAGCUGCUGCCCUGUCCUUCAUCUUCCCAGCCACUGGGCUUCACUCCCAGACCUUUUCCUUUCACUCCACAGCCAAAGGCUAUGACAAAACACUCCCUGGCCAAUGGCAUCACUCCUCAGGCCUAUCCCCAGCUCUUGGGAUGUGCCCCUGACCAAAGACAGGACCUCAAAAGGUUCUGUCAGCCAAUGGCAGCUCUUCUUGGGCUUCUCUGGGCCAAUAGUGUUGCCUCCAGUACCCUUUGUUCCCUCUUCAGUGUGUGUCCAUUGCAGAGAAGGGGACUGGGACCAAAGGGGUGGGGAUAAUGGGGAGCUGCAUUUGUGGCCCUGCAUCUGAAUGGGCCCUCCCCUCAUCCACCUACCCAGUUGAACUGUGCUUAGAACCCCAGAAGACUGGGUUCUAGCUCUAGGAAUAAACCUUUCAUAAAAGCAGGCCCAGUGAGGUCAAUUUGUGGGGGACUAGAGGAGGGUGGAUUGGUAAGAAAUGCCCAGUAAUCUUGCAUUCAGUUCCUAUGAAUUCAAAAGAGCUGCAGCUAAGUUUGAGAGGCUGCCGAAGGCCUGAUCCCCCUCAGUUUCAGAGCCAAAGCUUUUCUCCAAGGCAAUCUAUGUGUCUGAAGAGCAUAGGGUCCAGAGGGGGUUGGGCCGGCUAACCAUCAUGCAUUCAAUCACACAGCCGAUGUUUACCGAGUGCUUUUAUUUGCCAGGCACUGCGUUAGGCCCUGGGGAAACAUCAGUGAAUAAAACACAGUCCCUGCUCACAGUGCUUAAGGCCUAGUGGGGGAUAGAGACAAGUAACCAGGCAACUGCAAUACAAUGAGAAAUGCUAGGAUGCAAGAUGCAGUGGGAGCACCAGAUAAGGGGCAUCUAGCUUACACUGAAGUAGAGAUGGCGAUGCCAGUUUAAAAGCUGAGAUCUGAAAGGCAAGUAGCUAACAGCGCAAGAAGAAAGGCCAAUGCUCAUAAAGUCUGAAUAAGGAUUCAGUCCAGAAUGAAAAAUUAAGUGGGUGAGACAAGAGGCAGACUUUUGAUCUUUGGAGAAAUGGAACUAAGAAACCUCUUAGAGGUCUGGCAGCAUGGGAGAAGCAUAGUGUUGAGAGCAUACUUACUGGACCAUUGGGUAGCCUAGUGACCCUUGCUUGUCACUCUAAGCAUGAACCCUGCCUGAGCUUCACAUCCAGUGAGUGCUACUGCAGAGAUAAAGGCAGUUUCACCGCACCUGCUGCAACCUGCACUGCUCUUGUUGAAGUCAAACCUUAACUUUGUAUAAGAAAUCACAAGAAAACUCCCAGGAGCACUUUAGUCAGGGCUUGAGUGCCAUCAUCUACAGGUCCAAAGACAAUUGCAGACUUCUUCAGCAUUCUCUCCCCUCUGGAGGGUGGAGAAAGGGGACCAACCCAGUCGACAGGUUCUCACAGCACAGGGUGCACACCAGUCUGACUUGACUCUUCGUCAGUGAUAACUGCAAUCCCCAGCCAGGCUUCCGGGGCUUUAAUUAGCCUUUAUGUAGUCAGCUGUCUGCCUUGAUUAUUAGAGGUGCUGGUCCUCUUAUUAGCCCCCUACUUUAUGGGCCACUGAGGAUUUCCGUUGUAAGGGCACUGAAUCUCCAAAUGGUUGGAGACAGAACCUGAAAGCAGAGCCCAAACAUGGUUCCACCAUUUUCUAGCUGAUUAGGAUUAAUGCCUGGGGAAUAUGUGCUCGCUCUGUUCCUUCCGUUGUAAAGCUGCUAAUAAAAGCAGCUACCGAUUACAGUUAUGCGUAUUAAAUGAGAUAAUGUAUGUAAAGUGAUUAGCUCUGUCUGGCACAUAAUAAACACUCAGUCCCUGUUAAUGUA